AUGAUUCUUUUCAUUCUCUGAUUCCCAAUAUUAAUGCUGAUGGCGUAUGAAGCUUACGUGAAAGUCUUGAGUUUGUGUUAGAGUGUGCUUAUUGUUAUUUUAUAAAUGCAUUUCCGCAUCGUAAAGUAAUUCUAGUUGUUUGUUAGAAAGGUUGGAGAAAAUAUGACUCAAUUUUUACCACCUAAUCUUCUAGCUCUCUUUGCUCCCAGAGACCCUAUACCCUAUCUUCCACCAGUAGCCAAAUUACCUCAUGAAAAGAAAACAAAGGGCUACAUUGGAAUAGGAAAUUUCUUGCAAUUAUUUGAGGAUCCAAAAGAUACUCCCCCUCCAACACGGGUGGAAACUCGAGAUGAGCGCUUGGAGAGACGGCGGCGGGAGAGAGCUGAGCAGGUGGCAUACAAGCUUGAACAGGAGAUCGCAUUGU